CCCGCUCGUGACCCCUCCCUCGGGCCCGCCUCCCGGCGGAAUGCCGGCGGGGCGCGGCGGCGAGGCGCCGACGCCGCCCGGCGCGGCGGAGCCGUCGCAGCCGGGCAAGCGCAGGGCGUCCCAGCACGCGCCAGAGAGGGGCAAGCGGCCGAAGACGGAGCACCUGGCGGCCCAGCUGAAGCCAGAGCUGCAGUUCAAGGAGCUCAGCAUCACCGCGGUGGACUGGAAGGACCUCGACACCUGGAGGUUCUCCGCCCACGCGGACUCCGCUCACAACCUCUACGUGAGCGACACCACCAGCAUCGUGUGCUUCAGCCCCGACGGCAACUGUCGCCCCGUGGUCAGCGACAUCGAGCCGCACCACAUCGUGCCGAACAGUACCGCGGACUACGUGGUCAUCCUCCGCAAGUCGGACAAGCAGAAGCUCAGCAGGGUGAACUCCGACGGGACGAUGCGCACCAUCCUGGAGACCGGGCGAG